UCAGGUUCCUAUAUAAACAGCCCCGGGAGUUUCCGAAAUUCAUACUCGGUGACUUCAACUGAACAAUGGUUAACAUGAGCUAUCAGCAAUCUCAACAAAAAUAUAUACACAACCCGAGUCCGAGACAGUCGAAAAAACGGCAUAAUAAACGAAAAAGGAAUUACUGGGACACUAUAUCGCCGACAACCCACAACCACACUUGAUUAAGAGGAAACGCUUUUAAAGGUCUGGUGUGCUGGGUGUAGGAGCGUGUUGAGUCGUCGUGUCUGUGCGUAGCAGCUGAUUGGUUGAGAUGACUGCGGAGUGGAUGUACCCCCCCGGUGUGGCGCCGCUGUGUGGUGCAGAGUUGGAGGCGUGGUAUGAAGACUUGCAAGAUAUAUUGGGAUCCGAUGCAGGUGGGGCCAAGCACACACGCCCCCCACCCUGCGCCGAGAAAGAGCCGGAGUUUCUGGAUGUCUUGGAGAGCUGCUCACUCACCUGGCUGACGGAGGGGCAGGUGUGGGGGGAGGGGGUGCAGCGUGUGUUGGAGGAGCCUUCACCACCUCCGCUGCUCCUCAGCCAGCCACCGGCACAGGAGGAGCAGCGUGGUGCACGAGAGACGGCAAGCUCUGGUGCAGGAGACCUUCUGCCCCCCGAGUUCUUCGAGCUGCUGAGUGAAGGAGGCGUUGGUCUGGUGGAAACGGGGGCAGUUAUGGUCACCAACGGCUACCACCACCACCACCAUCACCCCCCGAACCCUCCGCCUGCCUCCCCAUCAGUCAGUGAGGAAGAGCUGCCUAUGGUCCCAAACUCGUCCCUGUCUUGCUCUUCAUCCUCCUCAUCAUCGCAGUCGCCGUCCCUUAACUGCUCACCUUCCUCCUCCCCUCCUCUCUCCCCUCCACCGGCCCCUGCCUCCUCACGCCUGGGCAAGAGGAAGAAAGGGAGUGCACUUACCUCACCUUUCUCAGGGAAGAAGAGCAGAAAGGAGCGGGAGCAGGAGAAUGAGAGGAAGGUGCAGGAGCUGACGGACCAGAAUGAAAGGCUUAAAGCCGAGAUUGAGCGACUUGGUGAGGAGGUCCAGCGGACACGCCGCGCGCUCAUCGAGAGGCUCGUCAACACCAGGAAGUGAGGGUUUGCGUGAAAGAAGUGUGGUAGACAGAGAGAAUGUUUGGAAAGAAAGAAGGAACAAGUAGAAUCAUUUAAUGGUAACCAUGAAAUGCACAUAUAAAGACGAGAGGUAAAGGCAUGUGGAAACUGGGGGAGAGAGAGAUCAAUUCUUUAAGGGGCUGCCCCAAGAUUGAAGGAUCGAGGGAGAAAGUGUGAUGAAGUCUUGGCUAUAGAACUAGAAAAGGACCCCAGGUUUAGAAACUGUAAGAAUCAGCCUUAAAUCAGGCACCUUAUUAAUCAUUUAAUACAUGGGUUCCUCUAUACAAUAAGGAGACUGUAGGUUUAUUGCAUUUUCCUACUUUUGUUCUUCGAUGUAUGAGGAUGGCAAAGACUCCUGGGGUGGGUAUAACUGGCAAAUAUUUUACCAAUCUCUGGAAAUGAAACAUUAAUUUGUCCGUUUACCCUUUAAAAUAGAUUUGCAAGAAGUGUAAAAUGGUUUUAUGCAAGGAUUUUCUGUGCAUUUCAUUGUAACCCGUUAAUAGAGGUAGAUCAAUAUUAUCAUGUCUUAUCAUGAAUAAUUAAAAGGGCUUCUAAACAAAAAACAAAAAAAAUGUUAAGAUAGACCUAGUUCACAGAAAUAGCUCAGGACUUUCGCAUUUUUGUUUAAUUAGGAGAGACUGCAUUUGAAUAAUUUUUUUUUUUUUUUUUUUUUUUUUAAACUCCACUUAAGCCAUGGCCUUUAAGCGUGGAUAGAUAGGGGAUAUGUGGUGGGUCUAGUAGUUAUGCAUCACCUUUGUAUUUUAUUUUUUUUUAAACAGAAUUAGACAUUUAGAUUAAGCAGUUUAAACUGACCCAUGCUUAUUUUUCUAUUGUAUCUAUGUAAUCACUCAUUAUAAAUAAUCAUUAUUCACUCUGUAGUAUUGUGUAAUAAGUAAAAUAUGCAUGCUGUAUUUAUAUAGUCAAAUGUAAUAGAAUUUUCCCAUCUUUACUUACUGUAUUGUAUACAUUUCCUAAUAAAAAUGAAAAACAAAAUUAAACAAAAAUGAAUGU